AUGCUUCACGGACUCAUGGGCCACUGCAUGAAGCGAAAGACGAGUGUGUUGGAAAACCGGAGCAGAUGGACUGUGGCUUCUGUCGACCUCCGCUACAACGCCAGCCUCGGAGCUGUGCACGAGUUCGCUGCAGCGAAGUACUUCAACCGGAUGAUGAUGACCCAUCCCUGGCGGACCUUUGAGGCCUCGGAGGCAGAGGUCUUCAUUAUUCCGAUCGACAUUGAUCCUUCGGACCUCGAUGCAGAUGACUCAAAGUUUUGCGGCCCUCAGAUGUACGAGCAGCAUCUUCUCGAGACGUUGGGCUUAUUGUUUGAGCAGACGCACAUCACGAAGAAGAGUGGCGCCGAUCAUUUCUGGAUGAUGUCGGCGAACUAUCCCGAGCGUCUCAUCGAGAAGUUCGCGCCAAUUCUUGCCGAUGCCUUGCGGAUGGCGAACCACUUGCACUUCAUGACCGUCGGUGUGAUGGAGCUCUUCCCUGGGCGAUCACUGAAGGCCACACCUCUUGAGAACUCUGGUGAUCUCUACAUGCUGCAGGGCAACCGGAGGAAAAGGCCUUGGAGAUGUUCAUUGCCCGUACCUUUUGUACAGAGCUUUCCCUUCUCCGAAUACCAUGUGGAGGAGUUUGAGGUGUGGCUGAAGCGCAAAUAUCUGUUCUAUCACCAGUUUUCCGGGUACUAUCAGGACGAACAUUCUCGGAACUUGCGAGCGCAGGCUCUGAAUGUUCGAAAUUUCGCUCGCCGCCCCUCGCGGGUGUGGGUUGGCGAUCAGUUCGUGCAGAGUUCAGAGCUCCAGCAUGGCUUCCAAAGCAGCCGGUUCUGCUUUGCGAUUGCCGGAAGGAACGGGGGCCCGACUCGGAAGUUCUACGACGCAGUUCUUCACGGCUGCAUCCCCGUGGUGGUCAGCGACCAAUGGCUUUAUACUUUCGCGUUUUCCGGGCACGUAAAGCAUGAAGCCUACGCUGUGUUCAUCCCGGAGGAGAUUUCUUGGGAGCAGUGUUUCCUGAAUGCUAAGCAGUGGUUUCUGUCGGUGAUUCUGGUACAGAAGAACCGAGCAGUGGAUGCAGAACUUGACCGGCGUCCUGCGCCGACUGGAGGCUUUGCUCCGUACCGGUUGAGAACAGCAGAGCUGGGGGAGAAGGUCUGUUGUUCCGUGCUCUUUGCCAAUCUUGCGCUGUGCUCACGAAGAAGGGGUGGGGCAGACCAGCCGCCCCUGGGCUCACAGCACAGCAAUGCCACGUCGCGAGCUCGCUGCGCGUUACCGGGCCUUGCAGGAGGCUCGCAUGUUGUGAUCCACGUCGAGAUCUGCAUCUCGAACCUUGUGAUGUCGAUGGUGGCCCCGCUUCUCAGCUAUGACCGUCCUGACAGCCACGCCUUGGGGUCGGUGCUGCUUUGGGAGCUUCGCCAGCAUUGCGGGACGAAUCCAACCUCUGUGCGUGACGAUAACUUGUACCCGGUUGAUGUCCCGCUGCGCCGCCGCAGGCACACCUCACCGUUGAAUGGAACCCAAAUUGCCGAGGAGCUUCUGCGGCAUGGUACGUCGCUGUCUUUGAAAUGGCGCCACGACCCAGCGACCACGUCCCACUUCAUGGGGUGA